AUGAAAUUGACCGCCCUCGUCCUCCUGCCCACCUUGGCCGCCGCGGCACCACACUACACCUUCCCCAAGCUCACGGGCGAGGCCGAGUGGUCCUCUGUCCGGCAGACGGCCAACUGGCAGAACAACGGCCCCGUGACGGACGUUUCGUCCGAGGCGAUCCGUUGCUACGAGCGGUCCCCCGGCACCGCCGCCCCGGCCACCGCCUCCGUCCAGGCCGGCGGUGCCAUCCGCUGGUCCGCCAGCCAGGCCGUCUACCACCCGGGCGCGCUGAGCGCGUACAUGGCAAAGGUCCCCUCGGGCAGCACCGCCGCGACAUUCAACGGCGCCGGCCAGGUCUGGUUCAAGGUCUACCAGGACUACCCGACCACGUCCCAGAACCAGUACCAGUUCCCCAGCCUGAACAAGGCAGACUUCUCCUUCAACAUCCCCUCCUGCCUCCCCUCGGGCGACUACCUCUUCCGCAUCGAGCAUGUCGCGCUUCAUGCCGCCGGCCAGGCCAACGGCGCCCAGUUCUACAUCUCGUGCGCCCAGAUCGCCGUCAAGGGCGGCAGCGGCUCCAAGUCCCCCAGCGGGAACCAGCUCGUCUCCUUCCCUGGCGCCUACAAGCCCAGCGAUCCAGGCUUGCUCGUCAACAUCUACAACACUGGAGGCAAGGCAUACACCCCGGCCGGCCCCAGCGUCUUCACCUGCUAA